AUGGCGUCCAGCACUCUCUCUUCGCUUUUUCUCAUCCUUUUGAGCUGCACCCCGGCCUUCGGUCAGUCUACAGACACGCAGCAAGUGCAAUACAACCAAGUACUGAACUUGAAUGGCGACAUGAAAAUCAACUCCUUCCAAUUCCCAGACCGCUCCCGGGUCGAGACGUUCUCUCAGAAGCAACAGCAGAUAAUAGUUAAUCAGCAAACCCCAGCCAUACCCGCAAACCAAGUUACAGGAACGACUGGUCAGCCUUUCGUUGCCAUCAGCCCACAGUCCAUGACGAUCAGUACCAAUGGGGCUACCGACUUGGUCGGCGGACAGGUACAGAUGGCCAUCACCAUGCAGAAUCUGCAGUCAGCUGCGGUCCAGCCCGAUAACACUUAUGUUGCCAUGCUUUCGCCAGACAGGCAGACCUGGAUGGUGCAAGAAACCAUGAGGAGUGUCAAUAGCACUGAUAUGACCGUCCGCAUGGUCAAGCGCAACCAGCUUGACGGAGAGUACAUGGUCGUUGGUCGCCAGACUGUAGAGACCAACACUCUUGUACAGCCGUUCGGCAGCGAUCAAGCUAGAUCGAUUGCUAUCCAGGGCACCGGUCUCCAAGAGAACGAGUUUCAAGACGGCUUCAGGAUGUCUACCCGUGCUACUCAGCCCAUGACCAUGAAUGUCGAUGUUGUCGAUGGCAUUGACUCCAGUAUGUUGGCUGCUCUCCAGGGCCAGGAAAGCGUCAAUGAUUACCGAUACUCCGUCAUUACCAACCUCGCCGCUGUUACGCCCUCUCUCAACCAGCAAGUUACUGUCAUCCAGAUGCCGAUCAACGCCGUCCGUAUCCAGAAGAUGAUGCAAGCCAUGGGUGUUCCUCCAACAGGACAGGUUGCAAUCGCUGUUGCUCAGCGCGGUGUCCUCCAGAACCCUGGUGGUGCCACUGGUAACCUCGGGGGAGCUACUGCUGCUGUAGGUGCCGCUACUCGUCGCAAUCUCGGCCGUCGUCAUUUCAGGACAGAGGUCGCGCGACAAGUUCAGGGACAGACUGGUGCAAUCAUUGCUGGUCAGGCACCAACUGGACAGACACAGACCGGACAGACUCAGACUGGACAGACGCAGACCGGACAGACUCAGACUGGACAGACGCAGACCGGACAGACUCAGACUGGACAGACGCAGACCGGACAGACACAGACCGGACAGACUCAGACUGGACAGACUCAGACUGGACAGACUCAGACUGGACAGACUCAGACUGGACAGCAGCAGCAGGCUGGCCAAGUCCAAGCUGGAACCCCCACUAACAACAACCCCGUGGCACAAAAGCUCCUUCUCUCGCCUACUUUCGUACCCGUCGCAGCCAACGCUGUUCUCGACCAGACCAACAUGCGUAUCGCGAUCCCCGUCCGCCAAGUCGAUGGCGAGUACAUUCUUACCAUGCAGAAGAUGAACAGUGUUCAACAGGCCCAACCUGCUCAGGGCCAGGCACAAGCUCAACUGCCCACUGCCGCAGAAGGCCAAACCCCGACUGCUGAAACAGGUGCUCGUCCAGCUGAAAGCAAGGCUCCUACUGCUGGCGAAGGCCUCCGCGCCAACGAAGGCCUCCGCAACGGCACCGAACCCGCCAGGCCUGCGGCCGAGAAAAAGCCUGAAGGCGAGAAGAAGCCUGAACGCCGCCAGGAGUCUAGCAAAGACAAGUACGGCAACGUCAAGGCACCGCAGGGCUCCAUCAUUAUGACUAUGAAGAUGAUAGAUGAUAUGGUCGACGCAGUCAACUGGGGUGGCCAGGCUGCGAUCACCAAGAUGAUGAGCGAGUAUACCAAGCAGAACACCGGUACCGAGGCAGCUACCGGUGCUGCGAAGAUCAUUGUCUAA